AUCCAUCUCUGUCAAUGGGGAGUUCGUAGGGUUCAGUUACAGUUCAGUUAAAUCGGCACCUCGCCUGUGCUGCGAUGGGCUGGUGUCCCGCCCAGCGUGUACUUUGCCUUUUCCUCCCCCCCCUUCCUUGCCGGGCUAAACUUGGGCUCACCGCGUUUCUCCGAGCACAAAGCGGUCGGAGAAAACAGACGGUCUAGCAAGUUCCCUUCCUAAGAGGCUGGACAGCAAAUCGGGAUUGAAGAGCAGUCGAUCCGAUCCGUAACUCCGCGCUCGGCCGGCUGCCCUGGCUGUGUAGUGCCUGCAGCGCUCGGACUGUGACAGUGUUGUUACCAGCCCGGAUAAGUAAAUCCGUCCGAACUUUUGGUAUUGGAAAAGCCCGAAAAGCAAGCCGCCAUGCUGCCGGAUAAGGACGGGACCCGCGGGGAGCUGGGGUGCGGGAGUGGGGCGACCUGCCGGGGCCACUCCGAGGACACCGCUGUCUCUCUCUUCCGGGAGUACCUGCGCAUCAGGACCGUCCACCCGGAGCCGGAUUACGACGCGGCUCUGAAGUUCCUAGAUCGGGUUGCUGGGGAGCUGGAGCUGCCAAUGAGGACAGUGGAGGUGUGUCCUAACCGGAUUGUGGCCAUCGUCACGUGGGAGGGCACCGACCCCAGGCUCAGAUCCGUGCUGCUGAACUCCCACACGGACGUGGUGCCCGUCUUCCAGGAGCAGUGGAAAUACGACGCAUUCGCCGCCGUCAAGGACAAGGAAGGGAACAUCUUUGCCAGGGGGGCUCAGGACAUGAAGUGCGUCACCAUCCAGUACAUCGAAGCGAUCCGAAGGCUGAAAUCGGAAGGGAGGAGACUUGCUCGCACUGUGCACUUGAUGUUUGUUCCAGACGAAGAGGUCGGGGGGCACAAGGGAAUGGAGGCGUUCGUGAAUCACCCAGAGUUCCGUGCUCUGAACGUUGGCUUUGCGCUGGAUGAAGGUCUGGCUAAUCCCGAGGAAACGUUCACCGUGUUUUAUGGCGAGAGAAACCCGUGGUGGAUCACCAUAAAGUGCACAGGGAGCCCAGGACACGGCUCCAGAUUUGUGGAGAACACGGCUGCUGAGAAGCUGCGCAAAAUCAUCAACUCAUUCCUGGACUUCAGGGAGCGAGAGAAAAAUCGGCUGAACACCAGCGAGUGCCUCACGCUGGGGGACGUCACCACCGUCAACAUGACCAAGCUGCAGGGGGGCGUGGCCUACAACGUCAUUCCCGCAGAAAUGGACGUCAGCUUCGACAUCCGGAUCCCACCCACGGCCGACCUCCAGGAAUUUGAGGAGCAGAUCAAGGAGUGGUGCCGGGUGGCGGGAGAUGGCAUCACGUACCAGUUUGCCCAGAAACACAUGCAGCAGGACGUGACAUCGACGGCAGAGAGCGACCCCUGGUGGAAAGCCUUCACUGCGGCCUGCGGCGCCAUGUGAGUGUGGUCUUCUGAAAGCCCGUGGCGGGGCUGUCGGACAGAGCUCUCCCACGCAGCCCUGGGCUGGUGGAUCUCACGGACGUGGCUCGGCAGAGGCCAGACCCUGAUAAUAAACGAAAAAGAGCAAUUGAAUGCAGUUAAAUCCAGCAUGGUGUUUGCAGG